CAAACCUUCAACCAUGCAACUUGCAGUCCACCAAGAUGAUGCUGACAUCUUGUUGAAGCAGAAGAACAUCCUCGAUGAUUCUGUUUUAAACAAAUAUAGAGUGGCGGGUCAAAUUUCCCAGUCCGGUUUACAAUACAUUAUCAACUUGAUCAAUGAUUCAUACCACUACCAGAAAUCAGCUCCCGUUAGCGUUCAAGAAUUAUGUUUAUUGGGAGACUCCUACUUGACCAAGUUGUUGGGAAGAGCCUACAACAAUGUUAUCAGAGAAAAGGGUAUUGCCCACCCAACCACCAUAGACGUAAACGAAUUAAGCAGUGGAUUCGCCCCAGAGUUGGAUGAUGAAACUGCUUAUACUUUCACCGCUGGAGAUGUGGUCACCAUAUCCUUGGGUGUCCAAAUUGACGGUUACACUGCCACUGCUUCCCACACCAUUGUCAUAUAUCCUGGAGGUGACUCCAAGCCUGCUGGCCCUUUGUUGGGUGGUAAGGCAGACGCCAUCUGUGCUGCUCAUAUUGCUACCGAAACCAUGGUGGCUUUGUUGGGUAUGUCAUUGUCCCCAGAAAAAUUACCACAACAGUUGGCAGGAGGUGUCACUGGUAGUAAGAUCAGAGCCAUCGUUGAUUCUAUCGCCGAGUCGUUCAACUGUGUUGUCUUGCCAGGAUCUAAGAUCAGAAGAGUCAGAAGAUUUUUGGCUGGUCAAGCCGAAGGUGUCGUUGCUGAAAGAGACUUCAAGGGUGUCGUUUGGGACGAAUCUCAUCAAGAAGAAAAGUUGUUGAAGAAGAGCAUUGGUCAAGAAUUGGUUCUUGCUACUAAUAUCACCUCAGCCAAGAACACUGACUCCAAUAACGCUAUUCCAAGUGACGAGUUCUCUGUUGCCCCAGGUGAAGUUUACCAGGUUGACAUCAGAAUGGCCUCGCUUAGUGACGUUCAAGGUGCUGGUAUCAUCACUACCGAAGAAAUCGAUGAAUUCACCGGUAAGAAGCUCAGCAAGGGUUUCAACUCUAAGAGCACUUUGCACAUCAGAGAUUUUGCUAUCAACCAUCAAUUGAGACUCAAGACUUCCAGAAGAUUAUUAGCUGAGGUUGACAAGAAAUUCUCGGUAUACCCAUUCAAGUUGUCUCACACUUCCAAGACCUUCCCAAUCAAGGAAGAAGAGAACAUUCCAGAGCAACUCGACUUGAUCAAGAAAGACAUCAGAACCAACAGAUUGGGUUUAUCUGAAUUAUCCAACCGUCAUUUAGUCAAAAGCAAGCCAAUUCAAAUCACCAAGUUCAUACCUCUUGACAAGAUCUUGUUGAGUGCCAACCCUACCGGUAAGCACGGUAUGGACAUGGACAAGCCCGUGUUGCCAGGUAUGGAAUUGCCAUUGCCUCAAUUGGGUGUUUCAUCGUUGUUGUUGAAGAACUUGUUGAGACACGGUCAAAACAUCGCAAACGUGCGUGAGGCCACCACCUUGAUCAUUAACGAGAACGGUAACGAAGUCAUCAGAUUGACCGGAGGUGAAAAGACAAGCAAGCCUAGCUGGGUCCACUCUCAAUACCAAUUGGCAGGGGAGUAUGCUGAAAGCAUCAACCAAAUUGUUGAAUUGAGUAAGGACCAGAGAUUUGGCAUCAAAAUCAAGGAGUGUGCUCCUUACAAGUUACAAAUUGGAACCGAUUCUAUGCAAUUGGAUGAAUAGUGUAUAUUAAUAGCAUGUUAGAUGAUGUAACAGCGUAGAUACAAGGAAUAUUGUACAGACCGAGAAUUAUCGAUUCUUCCGGUGGACGAUAGGGUUAAUGAAGUAAGACAAUAUGAUGACAACGAAGUGAAGACGAAUUUAGAUGAUAACAAAUGUGAAACCAGAAAAUGCCAAGGGCUAAUUAGCAUAACCAAAAUGGUCCGAACUUUAGAAAG